CCACUGGGGGAAUGUGGAAGGGAUACACACGGAUCCCCGUGAAACGUUAUAUAAGGGAGCCACACCGCCCCGGCCGCCAGUGCGAGCGUCACAUCGCCAAAAUAUGAAGAGGAUUAUGGUUCUGGUCGCGGUGGCCGCGGCGGCCUGCUGCAUCUCGGCGGCGCCGCACGUGGAGAAGCGCGGCCUGAUCGGGCUCAAGCUCGGCUACCGGCUCGGGGCGCACUCGGUCGGCAAGGUGGGCUCCAAGAUCGGCUACAAGCUGGGCGGCCUGACGGCGGGCCUGGAGAACGCGGCGCACGCCCUCGAGGCCGGCUACCACAACGGCUACAACUCCAAGAUCGGCGGCGGCGUGUACGCCGGCGGCUACGGCCACGACACUUUCGGCCACUCGAGCUUCGGGCACACCGGAUUCGGGCACAGCGGCUUCGGUCAUACCGGCUUCGGCCACGACCACUUCGGCGGCGUCGAGCACCACCACGUCCACACCGUGCCCGUGCCGCAGCCUUACCCAGUCCCGGUGCCCGUCGUCAAGAAGGUCCCGGUGCCCGUGCCCGUCCACAAGCUAUACCCUGUGCCCGUUCCGGUGGACCGACCCGUCCCGGUGCCCGUCGAGAAGCUCGUCGCCUUCCCCGUCAAGGUACCUGUCCCCUUGGUCGUCAAGGAGCACAUUCACCACCACGACUUCCACCACGACGAGCACCACGGCGAAUUCCAUGGCGACUUCCACGGAGAGUACCAUAGUGACUACCAUGGUGACAGCCAUGGUGACUACCAUGACCACCAUGAGUCACACAGCUGGUAGUAAGUUAGCAUCUGAACUAUACACUGUGAUUUAUUUUAGGAAACUUGCAUUGAAUGCCAAUGCGACAGCACCAUAUUGUCAUAUUGUCGUACUCUGUCUUGUAAAUAUUGUAUAUACGCACUGUUAAAUUAUUGUUGUUUCUAAAAUAAAUUAUUAUAUUUAAUUUAAUAA